UUCCGCUACUGCGUGUGAAAAGUUGGGUGAAAUCUCGGACAAGUUUGGCUUUGCAGGAACUUUAUACGCUACGUUACACUAGCAUAUCCUUACAUUUAUGAGCAGUUUAUAAGUCGGACGAACAGAAGAAUAAAAGUUUACUUAUCGGGCACUUUAUAAAACUCAAGCAUGUCGACGGGCGUCUUGUACAAUGACCAAGGAGGAGCGGAGGCUGCCGUGGAAGCGGGUCAGGAGAGUAUCCCGACCUCCUCCAGCACCGGAGCAGCUUUUGGACUUUUCAGCUCUGACUUCAAAAAGAAUGAAGACCUCAAAGAGAUGCUGGAGAGCAACAAGGAGUCGCUCAAACUGGAGGCCAUGAAGAGGAUCGUUGGGCUGAUUGCCAAAGGGAAGAACUCGUCAGAGCUGUUUCCAGCUGUUGUGAAGAACGUUGCGAGUAAAAACAUUGAGCUGAAGAAGCUUGUAUACGUGUACCUGGUGAGGUAUGCAGAGGAGCAGCAGGACCUGGCUUUGCUAUCCAUCAGCACCUUCCAGCGGGCCCUCAAGGACCCAAACCAGUUCAUCCGGGCCAGUGCACUCAGGGUUUUGUCCAGUAUCCGUGUCCCCAUAAUUGUCCCCAUCAUGAUGCUGGCCAUCAAGGAGUCAGCAGCUGACCUGUCCCCAUACGUCAGAAAGACGUCGGCUCACGCUAUCCAGAAGCUCUACAGCCUGGAUCCAGACCAGAAAGAGCAGCUGAUUGAAGUGAUAGAGAAACUGUUGAAAGACAAAAGCACACUGGUGGCCGGCAGUGUGGUGAUGGCGUUUGAGGAAGUGUGUCCAGACCGCAUUGACCUGAUCCAUAAGAACUACAGGAAGCUGUGUAACCUGCUGGUGGAUGUGGAGGAGUGGGGGCAGGUGGUCAUCAUCUCCAUGCUGACACGCUAUGCCAGGACGCAGUUCGUCAGUCCCUGGAAGGAGGGAGGUGCGGUUGAUGAGAAUGACGAGAAGGCGUUUUAUGACUCCGACUCUGAAGGGAAAAAAGAGCAGAUGGAGGCCAAGCCCUACAUCAUGGAUCCAGACCACCGACUGCUGCUCAGGAACACCAAACCUCUGCUGCAGAGCAGAAACACUGCUGUGGUGAUGGCCGUCGCUCAGCUCUACUGGCAUUUGGCCCCUAAACAUGAAGUCAACAUUGUCACCAAGUCGCUGGUUCGACUCCUCAGAAGCCACAGAGAGGUGCAGUACAUUGUGCUGCAGAACGUAGCCACCAUGUCCAUCCAGAGGAAGGGGAUGUUUGAGCCCUUCAUGAAGAGUUUCUACGUGAGAUCUACAGAUGCCACACACAUCAAAACCCUGAAGCUGGAGAUCCUGACCAACCUGGCCAACGAAGCCAACAUCUCCACUAUUCUGAGGGAAUUUCAGACCUAUGUGAAGAGCCAGGACAAGGCGUUCGCAGCGGCCACCAUUCAGGCCAUUGGCAGAUGUGCCACCAACAUCUCUGAGGUGACAGACACGUGUCUGAACGGUCUGGUCCUGCUGCUUUCCAACAGAGACGAGACUGUGGUGGCUGAGAGUGUGGUGGUGAUCAAGAAGCUGCUUCAGACUCAGCCCACCCAGCACAGUGAUAUCAUCAAACACAUGGCCAAGCUCUUCGACAACAUCACUGUCCCCAUGGCCCGAGCCAGCAUCCUGUGGCUGAUGGGAGAGUACUGCGAGAGGGUGCCAAAAAUUGCACCUGAUGUUCUUCGUAAGAUGGCAAAGACUUUCACUGCGGAGGAGGACAUUGUGAAGCUGCAGACCAUCAACCUAGCAGCCAAACUCUACCUGACCAACUCCAAGCAGACGAAACUUCUCACCCAGUACAUCCUGAACCUCGGCAAAUAUGACCAGAACUACGAUAUCAGAGACCGCACGCGCUUCAUAAGACAGCUGAUUGUGCCCAACGAGAAGAGCGGCGCCCUCAACAAGUACGCUCGCCGCAUUCUGCUGGCGCCCAAACCGGCCCCAGUGCUCGAGUCUGCCUUCAAAGAUCGGGACCGUUUCCAGCUGGGCACUCUCUCCCACAGCCUCAACACUAAAGCUACUGGAUACCAGGAGCUCUCGGACUGGCCGGCUGUUGCUCCCGACCAGUCUGUGAGGAACGUGGAGGUCAUUGAACCAGUGAAAGAGUGGGCGCCGUUGGUUGGGAAAACCAAGAAAUCCAAAUCUGAUGACAAGUUCUAUUCGGACGAUGACGAGGAGAAGGAAGAUGAAGCAUCAGAGAGCAGCGGUAGCGAGGACAGCAGCAACAGCAGCAGCAGCAGCAGUGAGUCGGGCAGUGAGAGUGAGGAGGAAAGCAGUGAGGAGUCAGAAAAGACCUCCAGUGAUUCUGGAAAGAGUUCGAGUGGAUCUGAAAAGAGCUCCAGUGAAUCUGAAUCAGAAAAGAAGAAGAAGAAAAAGACCAAUAAGGCACCACAGAAGAAAAACAAGCCAGCUGCAGCUGACAGUGACUCAGAUGAAAACGAUAAUGGACCGGUAGCUCAAGCUAGCAGCUCGUCGGCUGAAAGCUCCUCCAGCUCAGAGACGGACUCGGACUCGGACGAUUCAGACUCCGAAGCCGAGCAGAAGACGAAGAAGGCCGCUGUGAAGUCCAAACCCAAGGUGGAAGUGAAGUCCAAGAAGGAAGUCUCCUUACUGGAUCUGGAUGACUUCUCUCCUGCACCCGCUAACGCUACAAAGCCGUCUGUCGUCUCUUCGAGCCUGCUGUCCGACCUCGAGGGCCUUUCUCUCUCCAACAUCUCCUCCACCAUGCAGGUCACCACUCCAUCUUUCGGCCCCGUGAAAACCUAUGAGCUGCUUCACCAUAUGACAGGAAAAGGUCUGGCAGCCAAGUACCAUUUCCCCAGGCAGCCGUGUUUGUACCAGCCCAGUAUGGUGGCUGUUCAGGUCACACUGACCAACAGCUCAGACCGCAGCCUGGAGGAGAUCCACAUAGGAGACCGAAGCCCAACGAGCCUCAACAUCCACUGCUUUAACACAGUCGAGCGACUGGAGCCAGAGGCCUCGGUGACGGUUUCCAUGGGUAUUGACUUCAGCGACUCAACACAAGCAGCCAACUUCCAGCUGUGCACCAAGGAAGACCAGUUCAGUGUGUCCAUCCAGCCUGCUGUGGGAGAGCUUUUAAUGCCCAGCACCAUGACAGAGCAGGACUUCUGCAAGGAGCAAGGUAAGCUCCUGGGCAUGAAUGAAACCUCUGCAACCAUCACCAUGGCAACAGCAAACACCUCCAGCCAGGCCAUCAGCAAGCAGGUCCUGUCCGUGGCCAACGUGGGCGUGGUUUCACCCGGCCAGAGCAACUUCCACAGGUUCGCCGGCCGGACAGUCAGCAGCGGAGCCCUGGUCCUGGUGUCGCUGGAGCAGAAGGAGUCCUGCACCGCCCUGCUCACCAUCAACACAGAGAAGAGCGUCGUGGCGUCCAUGUUGCUCCGAGACCUCAAACAAGCCCUCGCCCAGGCAUAGAGUCCCCCGCUCCCCCAUCCUCCCUCCUUCCUCCUCCCUUUAGUAAAGGUAAAGGGGAACAGCACUUAAUUAAAGAGUACACACAUUUUAUUUCUGUAGCUUAGGACAGUUCAGGCAGUUCAGUGCUCACAGAAAACAAACCGGAAAGCAAAGGAAGAGCGAAGCACAGGAUCGUCCUGAGCUGCAGGAAUAACCUCGUGACGGUCUUGAAUAAAGUGAUGGUCUCCUUUUAAACUCGCAGAAGGCAUCGUAGAAGCGGUAAUUUAUUUUCAAAUUUCACCCUGGGGUCCUCGUUUAUCGGUCGCAUCUGAACGCGACACUACUCCUUCACAAACCGACGGGUCACUUACCUCACGGCUGCGUGAUGUGCAAACAGCCGCACAGACUUUGUGGGAGAAGUCGCUGCAGGCCAAUUUGGUGUUUCUACAAGCUGAGAUUCUCCACUGAAGCGCUGAUGUCCGACUGUCUGUGUCCGAGCCAAGCGACCUCGUGUUUGCAUUCAUGGACUUUGUUGUUUGGCGCCAAGAAAAAGAGAAAAAAAAGGAGGAUUUGCCGGCACCAUUUAGACCCACUGUUGUUCCAUUAUUAACACUUGGAAGCUGAUGCGACACCAAACCGGCCUCGGGUCUCUCACAUUCCAGCCUUUUCCCCUGUUCCCAAAUCAAAUUCAUUAAAGUGCCUUCCACAUGAAAAUGGUAUUUAGAAAACCAAACGUUUACGCUAGACUUAAAUCAGCGAGGUCUUUUUAUCUGUUUCGCUUUUGCUGAACAAUAAAAAAAAAAAAAGUGAAUUUAUUAAAACAAUAAACUUC